AUGGCGGCCGGGGCUCGCGCCCCCCCCCCCCCCAGCAGGCGGUGCCCCCGCGCGGCGCAUGCGCGGUGUGGCCUGCGCCGCGGCCCCUCAGCGCCGCCCGCCAUGUUCGCGGAGCUCAACGAGCUGCUCGGGGCGUCCCCGCAGCGCCCGGAGCCGGGUAAGUUCACGCUGCUGCGGGACACCCGGACAGACGGCAGCUUCCUGGUGCACCAUUUCCUGUCCUUCUACCUGCGAGCUGGCUGCAAGGUUUGCUUCGUGGCCCUGCUCCAGUCCUUCAGUCACUACAGCAUCGUGGCACAGAAGCUGGUGAGUCUGUGGGCGUGGGUUCAUCACUGCAGCUCCAGAGAGUUCCUGCUGG